GAGCAUCAAAGUGGAUUUCAGAUCAAGGAGAGAGAGAAGAAGAAAUGUUGUGCCUGAAGGAUCUCAGUGUUUUUAUCUCAUGUGUGCUUCUCCUCAGCGUUCAGUCAAGUCAUGCUUCUGAGAUAAUUGGAGGCAAAGAAGUGACGCCACACUCGCUGCCUUUUAUGGCUCUGCUGGAGACCAACACACCACUAUGUGGAGGGAUUCUGAUCGAUCCUAAAUGGGUCCUGACUGCUGCUCACUGCAACAGCCGUGGCAAGAUCAAGAAAGUGCUGCUGGGCGUGCACUCCAUUAAAGAGAAGGAGAAAGACUCCAGGCAGGUCCGGACGGUGAAGAAACACGUUCCUCAUCCCUGCUAUGAUGACACAGACAAGGUCAACGACCUCAUGUUGCUGAAGCUCCAGACACCAGUGACCACAACCAAGUGGGUGAAAAGUCUCAAACUGGGGCAAGUCGUCAAGGACCCGGCGGCCGGCAGCCGCUGCCUGGUGGCCGGAUGGGGAGGAACCAAAGAGAAGAAAAAAAACCAGAAGAUGUCGGCUGUCCUGAUGGCCGUCAACGUGACGGUGAUCAGCAGAGCGGACUGCAACUCUCCCAAACAUUACAACGGCAAACCUGCCAUCACCGGCGGCAUGAUAUGCGCUGGUUCAACUGGGAACACGAAGGCCGACACCUGCCAGGGGGAUUCAGGAGGCCCGUUUCUGUGCAACGGACAGCUGGUCGGAGUCACUUCUUUUGGAGGCAAGUGUGGCGACACGAAGGAAACCGGAGUGUACUCCUUCCUCUCCAAGAAACAGCUCAAGUGGAUCAAACAAACGAUGGGGAGCUAGUGUGGGCUGAGGUAGACGGAUCGGAGGCCGGUUUGAGUUUAGUUUGCAGCAGCUAGCACUAUAAGUUUUAAUGGUAAAUCUGCCAUCGCUACCAAACUGUACACUUGAGCCAUUUAUCCAUUAGCAUUAUAGGUUUGUGUAUCUAUUGCUUUGACGCUGUUUCAGAAUCACAAGCGCAUCCACGACAGCAGAGUCUGACGGUGUUACACAGCCAGAAGUCAGUUUGGUUUUCUGCUUGUGUAAAAAUCUAAAUACGCUCUCUAUUGUUUCUCCGUCUCCUGAAAGUACCACCAGGGUAGGAGAGCUCCUGCUUGUUGCGGCAGGACUUCCUCUGCUGCAGUAAAAUGAGUCAAAGUCAAAGAGGAUUUUAUUCAAUAUUGAC